AUGGGUAGCGAUCUUGGGUGCCAAAGCCAACAACAUCAAAGAGACCAAAACGACAAAGUACUGGGCGUGAAGGUUAGCGGCCGGAGACAGGAUUUCUCAAUUGCCCGACCACAUUAUGCAUCACAUCAUUCUCUUUUUGGGCUUCCUAACAUUGGAUUGGAGUUUUCUGAGAAAGAAGACAGGGAAAACAAAUUCAUCAAUUUUGUCCAUAAUUCUUUGUCUGGUGUCAAUGAGCUUGAUAUCAUUUUUACAGUACUGCCUCGUGAUUAUACUGAUCUUGAUUUACCGCAAGCCUUAUUCUCUGCCAAAACCUUAACUGAGUUUGAAGACCUUAUUUCCAAUCUUCCUUUCCUUCGAAUCUUGUACUUGAAUACAACGAAUGGCGAUCGGUUGAAGAGGGUGAAGGUUUCGAGUCAAAGACUUGUGAAGUUAAAACUUAUCACCUCGCUGGAAGCCAUCGUCAUUGAUGCUCCAAACUUACACACCUUCAAAUAUGCUGCAAGUACAACUCCAUCUGUGGUUUCGGUGUACCCAUCGAGGCUAGUGAAAGCUACUUACCAAUUGUAUACACCAAUAGCUGGGAUGAACGCAAGCUUUUUUCUCAAACUAAGGGAAAUUGUCGAGUAUUUCAAGCAGGUCGAACGUUUCACAUUGCGUCUCUCCAUUGGCCAUUUCUCUUUUCUCCGUCUGCAUUUUGAUCAUAUCUUCAUUCCUUCAUUCCUUCAUUUCCUUGUAUCCCUAAUAUGA